ACCCCAUUCUCUCUCUUUUCAAAACCUUCUCUCUCUCCCCAAAUUUAGGAGCACGAUCCCUCUAAGAUGCCACUCAAUCCAUCAAGGCUCUUUUAAAUUUCCUGCAAAAACCCCAAGUCCUAAGAAUGCUGAAACUUAAGUGUUUCACUUCCCUUCAAGCUUUGUGUGGAUUCAAAUGCUCUCUCAACCCUUUUUAUCAGAAGUUUUUUGCAUUGCACUCCAGUUUGAAUCUUCUUUUUGGUGAAAACCGAUUUCAAAAAUCCAUUUUAUGACUGCAAAAAUCUAAUAAUUUGAGAAAGAAGAAUCCAAGAAAAUGAAGUUGGGUUCAGGGAAAAACGGUAACUCAGAGUACCCAGUUGCUGAUUUUCAAGCUUUCAAUGGGAGAAACAGCUUUUGAGCAAAUUUGGUUUAGUGUUUUGCAAGUGAGAGGAAAAAUGUUUGAUGCGGGUGCGAUGAGAAAGGGGCCAUGGAUGCCCGAGGAAGACGAGAUAUUGCUGGAGUAUGUCCGACAGCACGGCCCCAGAGACUGGAGCGCCAUUCGAUCCAAGGGUCUCCUACCGAGAACAGGCAAAUCCUGCCGCCUGCGAUGGGUUAACAAGCUUAAUCCCGACGUUAAAACUGGGUGCAAAUUUUCAUCUGAAGAAGAGCGAAUUGUGAUCGAGUUACAAGCGAAAUUCGGGAAUAAAUGGGCAAGAAUCUCUACCUAUUUACCAGGCCGCACUGAUAAUGACGUGAAGAAUUUUUGGAGCACAAGGCAAAAGAGGCUUGCUAGGACAUUACAGGUGGCGGCGCCACUCCCUCCGCCACCCCGGCCGAGUAGAGCAUUACGCCCACUGAUCGGAAGCAGUGAGCCAGCUGCAAAGACCCCGGUUUUCCAGGACUUUGUGACCUUUCAGGAUCCAACAGUGAUUAACGCAGCUUCCUCAGACCAGAUAUCACUUUGCCGACCUAACCCACUCACCCCAUUUUCUCAAGUCAUUCCCACACCUCAGCUGCCGGAUCCAGUGAGAGAAAGCCUCCCAACCUUAAUAAAAAAGCCAUCUCUCCAAGAGCUAAGGCCCAAAACGGAGCUUCAAAUCCAAGAGCCCCCUCUAAACCUUCAUCUACUGCCUGCAAACUCCAAUCCCAUGCCCUUUUUUGCGGAGGAGAGCCUUUCAGGCUUGUCGGGAAAUGAAUUCGGGCAAGAGAUAAGAGGGGACGAGGAUUUCCCGGCAACCCCAGACAGCUUUUUUGAUGAUUUUCCAGUCGAUAUGUUCGACCAUUGCCACCACCCACCUUUCCAAACUGGUGAUAUUGUACUAUUUGAUUUAUUCAUUUGCAGAUUGAUCCAUGUCUAUUUGGGAGUUCUAAUAUGAUAAUCAUCAGUUGGCUGCAUUUUC